ACGCAAGGGGGUGGUAACCGGACAAAGUGUAUUUUGUGAAAUUAAUCCAGUGCCAUUGUCCGCUUGACGGUAUGCGAGUAUUUCACUUUUUGCUAGACUAAACGAUUAAAUACAUUGAAAUAGUAAUAACUAAAUAAAUAUUCACAUUCUCUGUAAUCUAUUCAUAUUUCAAGCCCUAAUUGCUAACCAGGGAGCUAACCUAAUUGCACAAUGACAUAGGUGGCCAGGCUAGCUGGCUAAGCUAUCCAGUCAAAAUAAGGUAGCAUAGCUUGCUAACAUAAGCUAACCGGAGCUGUCGUGACUAGCCAACAUACUAGGGAAACUUUAGAUUUCAGAUCCACCAAGUUGUAAACAUGAACUUGAGGGAUGUGAUCCAUCAUUGAUCUUGCCUUUUAAUUUUUACGCAGACAAGCAAUUGUCCCACUUGCACGGUUGUCACCUUGUGCAGACGCCUUUGUUGUGUUUAUGAUUGCACUCACAUCAGCCACCACCUGGGCUGUAGCAAUAACGGUAACGUUCGUGUUAAUGUCAUCACCGCUUUGUUGUGACUGAUGCUAGCAUUUAGAGCUCACAUUUGAACAGUACCACGGGAUCAUUUUGCAGAUAUUUUACAAUUAAUUUCCAUCAGGAUUGUUUUAUGCAUAAUACUUCAAUGAUUAAGCUUUGUCUUCUCCCAUUUUAGAUUGUACCCUUUUCAACAGGUACAUGCACUGUCGGCAUAAGAAUUGCUGCUGUUGACUGUAAUUCCAGUGGUGAACUCAAGAGUAACAGAGUGGCUAUAGUAACUACUACUAUAAACCAUGUCAUUUGAAUGACAGUGCUCUGUUGAUAGGAGGGGUGUUUCCUCCUAUGCGUUUUUGUCAACAGUCUGCAGCUCCAGACAUGACACAUUGCCUCAGACACUUCUCCCCAUCGUGAGCAUGGCCCUCUGAAUGACAUGUUCCGUCCCCCUCCUUCCCCCCCCCCCACCUCCUGCCCUGAUGAUCGACCCCCCUGGUGAGCCCAAGCCGCCGCUCAUGCGCGUCCCAGUGCUGUUUCCAGCCAUGUCCAACCGGACGCCCAACUUCACACUGGAGCAGAAGCUCUACCUGCUGCAGCGCAUGCAAGGUGUGGUGGAGACGGUGCAGGACUUCCGCAAGGACACCAACACCACGGCGCAGCGCAACGCCGUGUGGGAGCAGCUGGCCCGGGCCUUCAACGCCGCCUUCCCAGACCGGCCGCCCAGCUCCACCGGCUCGCUCAAGACGCUGUGGAAGCGGCUGAAGGUGGAGUGCCGCGCGGCGCUCCACAGGCGCCAGGAGCAGCUGGCCGCGGGGCUGAACCCCACCGCGCUCACGCAGGUGCAGAGGGAGGUCACCGCGCUGGUGCCCAACCUCAUCUCCAACAAGGACGACCUGGACGGAGACAUGGGCUACUCCACCAACAAGGGCACAUCGCCGGUCACUGUUGCAGGUACCAGUGGGAGUGACCAGGAGGAAGUGGAUCAUAAUGAGGAUCAGGACAGUAAGGAGCAGUUGGCCAUUAACCUGGGUCUGGCCACGCCCUCUGAUCAGAAGCUAGAGUCAUCUGGACUGUCCCCAGACCACUUAACCAGCACCUCUCCGCCCUCAGGGCCUCUUCCGACUCCCACGCCCAGCCCCUUUUCUUCUACUGAAGUCAGGCUCUCCCCUGGCGCCGACCUCUUGCCCCUAGAUGCGAGCUCCUCGUGGAGCCUGCAGCAAGGCAUCGCUGAUCAGCGGCGGGAGCUGGAGCACGAGCAGAACAUGCGUCUGCUGGCGCUGCAGGAGAGCGUGUGGGAGGGCAAGCGCCGCGCCGCCCGGCAGAAGGAGAAGGCGGCACGCGCCAAGAAACUCUACUACCGGGCCAAGCUCCAGAGGAUAGGGGCCGAGGUGCCCGCGUCCAGCUCCUCAGACGACAGUGACCACUGACGUUUACACACGCACACACGCACACGCACGCACGCACACACACACACACAUACACACACACACACACACACACACACAUACGCACACACACACACACACACACAAAUGAGCAAGUGAUUUUUAACUCCUGCUUAAAUGGCAAAGGACUGGAUAGACGAUGCACUCAAACUGGUCCAUGUCAUGACUGUUUUAUCACUGUAAGAAUGAACGCAUAUCUGGCACAUGGCGGAACUCUGAAUGGAGAUUUCAACUAUAUGAGUGUGUUCAGUUAGGGCAACAGGUUUGGUCAUGCAAACACAAAACUGCAAAUUUAGGCUAUGAUCACUGUUUAAUCUUCAAAAAACUAGCCACACAAAAAUGCAUUUCAAUGCAUCGAGAUGUUUGGUUAAAGCUGCUGUAAGCAAUACUCAUUUUGAAUAAGCUAACAUUACAUUCUGGUAGUGAUCACUGAAAUAUGGAAUACAUUUAUAUAUCGCUUUUCUACUGUCAAGACAUUGUGUUUCACAAUGAAUGUCUUAUACCCUUUUUUCUGACACACACAUACAGUACAUACACACACUAGUCAGCACAUUGGGAGCAGAUGGGUUUCCAUGUCUUGCUCAAGGACACUUCAUCACAAGAGCAAGAGGAGCCAGACUCAGACCAGGCACACUCUGGUUUCCACAUGAUCGCUCCACCUCAUGGACCCCGAACAGAAGCUCUAGGAGACGAGAAAAAACACCAGUCUGUUCCUCCUAACCUCCCCAGUGAGCUCCUAUAAGUGUCACAUCAGAGUGAGAGUAUAGAUCAGUCAAGGAACAACUGAAGUGAAGGGCAUCCCUGCCUGCAAAUGAUUUUGCGUGUGCACAGCACAUUAAAGAACUGCUGACAUUGCUUACAGCAGCUUUAACAGGCUCAGAAUGUCCCUCAUGCUUUGCCGUACCCCGUGAAUCAAAGACCUGGCCUCAUUAGCAGACUGUUGAUACAGUUCUCUCUUGGAACUAGAUCCUUUUAGUUGUUUUUUAAACACAUUUACAAGAUUUCAGAACCUUUUAGAUACCGUUCAGGUCCAAUUCAAAGCCUCUUGUACAAACCUCCACCUCACUUGCCUUCUUUAGAACUGCUGGCGUGCACCUGUUUCCCUGAAUGUAACACAACCUCAUUUACCAGUUACAUUAUGAGGGCCAUGGUAUUCAUGGAUGAGUCUAGUGGGGGGAAAUCAUGCAUUUCCAACGUUGGGACAAUAUGUUUGGACAGUACAUUGUCUUGGUUGGUCAACUACAUUUCAAGUUGGUUAGAUUGUAUUUUUGCAACUACAACUUCAAGCUUAUAUUUAUUGCCAGUCCUUGUCGAUGAUACCCACACAUAUCUAUAGAUGUGUCUGCGUACGUGAACAGAGACCUUUAUUCCGUGUCCUGGGUAUUGUGGAUUCUGUGUACAAAGCAUUGAGUAGAUGCUUGGAAGGUGUCUGGGGAUGCCAUCCAACUCAGGGCAGCUUGGCCAUAACCAGCUAUCACUGCCUCAUUCAAAUGUGUACAUGCACACACACACACACACACACACUCACAGACAUACACACAUAAAGACAGCCAGACCUGUAGCAAUAAUUGUUUUUCCUUUUUUAUUUUUAAUGUCCAACAUUUCUCUUGUACGGUUUCCAUGGCAAUGAAGGGGCGACUGCCUCUCAUUACCCCAGGUCAAAGGGAUGCCAGCCAUCCCAUAA